CUUCUUCCUGUCUCUCUUCCAUCGUUCCUCUUCCUCUCUCUCUCGAGCUUUCAGAAGAAACAGGGUCGAAGAGAAACUCAUUUCUCUUCUUCUUCUCCGUUCUUCGAUUUUCUUCUUCUCAACUUUUUUUUUUUUUUUUUUGAUCUUCGUUUUUUUUACUUUUCAAUAGCAUGAACUGAGAAAUCGUUCAUCUCAAUUAAGAAAAAAUCUGGAGAAGUAAAUAGAUCAGGAAGGUGUUAUUGAGGUUGUGAAUUUGGUUUUGGUUAGGGUUAUUAUUGAUUGAAUAACGAUGAAUCAGUAAGAAAUAAAGUUAGGGUUUCUGCAGUUAGUAUUGGGUUUGUGCAAAAUCGAAUGAGGGAUUGGUAGAUUGAAUAAUAGGAGGAUAAGGAUAAGGUAAAUCAGAGAAAGGACGUUAGGGUUUGGAAAUUGAUUUAAGGUUCAAUUUAGUGAUAGAUGAGAAGAUAUCGAUGACUGGAUUUGGUGGUUUGAGAAGUGAAUCGAUGUUUUGAACUUUGAUUGGAGAGAAGAAGGAAUUGGGAAUUAUUUUCUGGUUUUGAGUAUAGAUGAUGGUCAUUGAAGAUGAAAUCGAUGGUAAGGGUUCGAAGUGAGGAUUCAUAAGAUCAAUUGAGGAAAAACAAGGAAUCAAGAUCAACUAAUUCAUUAUAGGAAUUUGAUUUAAGAUCAUAUCAAGAGCGCAAGCAGAAAUGGAAGGAAGGUUCUGGGAACUGUUGGAGGAGGAAAGCAUGCCAGUGUUGGAGGUUCUAAUAAUAACUGUUCUUGGAGAUUUCAUGGUUACCAAGCAUUGCAAUCUUCUAUCUGUUGAUGCUCGCAAACACAUGAACAAGAUAUCUUUUGUAGUAUUCUCUCCAGCUCUGGUGUUUGCGAGUCUCUCGGAAACCUUUACAAUUCAAGACAUCAUUUCAUGGUGGUUUAUGUCAAUAAAUGUAGGCAUAACGUUUCUACUUGCAAAUCCCUUGGUCUCUCAUACGUAUCUUUCUCCAUGGCACUUGGUGGUUUCUACAUUUGGACGCACACUUACCACCUUCUGCAUUCAUCAUCAGAUGAGUAUAAAGCACUACAGGCGUCAAAAGAAACUCUAGCAAUCCAAAAUGAACCCAACCAAGAUUUGGAUGCUACUCAGGAAUCCCACCUUCUCAUAUCAGCAGACAAACAAGAUCAAGACCAAGAAGCUAUCCAUUUUCAGUCAACAAAGAGAAUCAAUGAUAAUGAAUUCACAAAAAAUCAACCUAUUGUACGACACAUGUCUACUACUGGGAAGAUCAGAAACGUAACAUUCUUGGCCAAACUAAAGGAUUUUCUUCAUCUGAUUGGGGAAGAACUAAUUACACCUCCUACCAUUGCAGCAGUUCAAGAUUAUAGAGAAGUCUGGUCCCUUUCAGUUACUCAGCCCAUUGUUGGAAGUUAUUAAGCAAGAGCAAAACAUUAAGCAAGAGAAGGCAUAGACUGUUACGUGAUUCCGUGCUUGUUUUUUUUUAUUCUUAUAUGCUCAUAGUUGUAAACAAUUGUUGUAUGAGAUUUAUGUUGCACAUAACUUAGGAAUCCUCUUUAAGUUUCUAAGCAGAUGUUGUAUUCCACAAAACUUAGGAAUUUUCUUAAGUAGUUGUUGAAAGGUUGUCCAAUGUGUAAUAUAAUUUGUGUGGAUUGAAUGAAAGGCUCGUCCCGGUAAUUAUUUUGGAAAAUCUUUUGGAA